AUGCCAGCACAGUCGCAACUAAGACAGCAACACAGCAACAACACAAUGACAAUGGAAUCCUCUACAAUCGCCGCCGACAAUUAUGCGCACAAAAAGUUUUCAGUGCUGAAACGCAAGCGCAGUCAGGACGACUUUGAACCUGAGCUGGAUGUGGAGUUUAUUUCGGAGCAGCCGCCAGCCAAGCGCGGCUUCUUUCGUCCAUGGCUAGAUGAGCCGCAACCUGCCAGAAAGUCCAACACUAACAGCAACAACAACAAUCCGUUGAACAGCAUCACUUACCACGCCAAUAUGGUGCGUUCGCAGACUCCGAAGCAGCGCAGUCCAAAGGAGCAGCAGCGACGUGAUCGCAAUACACUCGCCUGUCUGCUCAGUCGCCGUGCCCGCCAGGCCAAGCAGCUGGCAUUGGAGCAGCAGUAUCAACAGUUUCGCCAGCAACACGAGGCCAACUUGCAGCAACAAAUACGCUUGAGUCUCUACUAUGUGCGCUUCUUGCAACAGGCCAUGGCCAGCUCGAGCCCCUUGCCACCAACGCCACAGCAGCGGCAGUUGCAACAGAUCCAACAAUGCUGGCCACAGCAAGCGGCGCUUAUGAAGCGUUAA